GGGUCUUUGUCUUUUAAUAUAGAAUGAAGAUCUCUGGUUUAAGUCUAGUCAACCAAGAACAAAGAUAUGGAGAAAUCCAAAAAAGAGAACAAAGAUAUGGAUGAUGUAGAGAGAGUGGAGUGGUCGGAACUUCCCAAGGAGCUGUUACCAACGAUCGGCAAAAACCUCGACACCCGCAUCGAUAUUGUUCGAUUCCGCAGCGUUUGCAACACGUGGCGCUCUUCUAUCCCUCUCUUUCACUCCUACUCUCCUCGAUUCCCUCUCAUAUUCCCUUCCCCUUAUCCAGCUCCAAUUCCAAUUCGAACUCCGGCUUAUCUCUGCCAAAGCACUGUCUAUCGACUACAAAGGCUAAAUCCCUCUUCGACUUCUUCGAAUAAGUCUUGGUUGAUCAAAGUCGAACAAGACUCAAACUCAGGAGGCAAGUUUCGUUUAUUUGAUCCAAUCUCCAACCGUCGUAUCAGGUACCCCAAUAAGACUUUGAACUUAUUUGACUUUCGAGUCGUAGAGUUAACUAAAGCAUAUACGCUUAGAUAUCAAGUUAGAGUUGGAUUAUCCACAUCCACUAAUGAAAUCGAACAAGUCCUUAGUGUCAGUGACAUCUCUAUUUUUGGAGUGAAUAAGGUAGUUAUGUUUCCCAAUUCUCCUUGGACUAAUGUAAACGCCUCUGCCGCUUUUGUUAUCUUUAAUGACGGAAAGUUAGGCUUUGCAAAAUCUGGGGAUGAGGAAUUGAUCCUCGUAGAUCGUAAUAGUUUUGAUUAUGAUGAUAUCAUUGUGUAUAAGGGCCAAUUCUACGUGAUUAAUAGUUUGGGAAUCGUUUCAUGGAUCGAUCAUUCGUCAUUGAAGUUGGUUCAAUUUUUGCCUCCGCUUUGUGGGUUGGGUAGCCAGAAGCAUUUGGUGGAGUCUUGUGGAGCUCUCUAUGUUGUUGAUAGGUACCUUGACAGGGAAAGGAGGAGGGUAGAGAAUGAUGCGUUUUAUAUGGGUGGUGAAGAUUGUGCUGAAUCAAUUUGUUUCAAAGUGUAUAGGUUUGAUGAAGAGUGGGGUCGAUGGGAAUUGAAGGAAAGCUUGGGCGAUCGAGCUUUUGUUUUGGGUAAUGAUUGUUGUUUCUCGGUUAUGGCUAAAGAGCUUUCUGGGUAUAAAAGGAAUUGCAUUUACUUCACUGAUCAAUAUGAAACUCGAGUUUUCAGUUUGGAAGAUAAUAGCGUUGGAUAUUUAUCAUAUUUUGAGGACAGUUAUCCAUCUUGGCCUCUCCCAAAUUUGCUUUAGGCCUAUGUAAGUAUGAAAUUAAUGUUGUGAAACUUUUUAAUCAAAUGGUGUAUUUGGUUUCAUUGUUAUGUGCCCCUGUUUGCUUGCUGUAACAGAUACUUUUGAUGAUUGUAAGUUUUAAUCAUAGAGCAGCCCAUUGUGGUGGUUUGUAUGAUCACAAACACAAACUUCAAUAAUCCUUGUUAAAUAGAUAUAAGCUUGAUCAUGUGUUGAAUA